AUGGUCUUUGCAGUUGACGAGAUAAACAACAGUUCGGACCUUCUACCGGGUGUCACACUCGGUUAUCAAGUGCACGACUCGUGCACCACGGUCCCCAUGGCCGUGAAAGUGGCCUUCCAGCUGGCUAACGGCCUGGACCCAAUGUUUGAUACCGGAGAACAGUGCUCGGGGUCGCCUACAGUGACAGCUAUCGUGGGCGAGUCUGGCUCCACGCCAACCAUCAGCAUGUUGCGCAUCAUCGGCCCUUUCGGCAUUCCUCAGGUGAGCCACUUUUCCACCUGUGCGUGUCUGAGUGAUAAGAAACAGUAUCCAACCUUCUUCAGAACCAUCCCCAGUGAUCAGUUUCAGGCUGCCGCUCUGGCCCACCUCAUCAGGCACUUCGGCUGGACCUGGAUUGGGGCGGUCCGUUCCGACUCUGACUACGGUAAUUAUGGGAUGGCUGCUUUCCUACAGGCAGCACAAGAGGAGGGCAUCUGUGUGGAGUAUUCUGAAGCCUUCUCCCGUACCAACCCACUCAGUAGAGUGCAACGGGUGGCCGACGUGAUCCGCAGCUCCACAGCCCGGGUGGUGGUUGCAUUCGUAUCCUCUUGGGACAUGAAAAUCCUGCUGAGGGAAAUGGAACGCCUGCCCUCUCCACCCCGCCAGUGGAUCGGGAGUGAGUCCUGGGUCACUGACCCAGACAUGCUGCACUUCGGAAUGUGUGCCGGGGCCAUCGGAAUUGGCAUCCAACGCUCUGUCAUCCCCGGCCUCAGGGACUUCCUCCUGGACCUCUCCCCACAGAAGGUGUCCAAGUCUCCCACGCUCACUGAGUUCUGGGAGGGAGCCUUUGGCUGUCGGCUGGGGACAGGUAUCUAUCUAUCUAUCUAUCUAUCUAUCUAUCUAUCUAUCUAUCUAUCUAUCUAUCUAUCUGUCUGUCUGUCUGUCUGUCUGUCUGUCUGUCUGUCUGUCUGUCUGUCUGUCUGUCUGUCUGUCUGUCUGUCUGUCUGUCUGUCUGUCUGUCUGUCUGUCUGUCUGUCUGUCUGUCUCUCUGUAGGGACCUCUACAGGUGUUGGGGUUGAAGAGAAGGUGUGUGAUGGCAGUGAGGAUAUACAGCAGUUACAGACCCCCUACACAGAUACAUCCCAGCUGCGUGUCACUAACAUGGUGUAUAAAGCUGUUUAUGCCAUAGCACACGCCAUCCACAGCAUCGUUUGUGAAGAGAGAGAAAACUCCACUGUGAACUGUGACAAAAACCUUAAUGUGAAGCCAACACAGGUCCUGGAGAGAUUGAGGAGGGUGAACUUCUCUCGUAACGGGUACCAGGUGUCUUUCGAUGCCAACGGGGACCCAGUGGCCACCUAUGAGCUGGUCAACUGGCAGAGACGGGGGAGUGGGAAGAUGGAGUUGGUGACAGUGGGGCUCUAUGAUGGGUCUCUGCCUCUUGACCAGAGGCUUGACAUCGAGAGGGAAAUCACCUGGGUAAAGAACAGUACGCAAGUACCUGUGUCAGUGUGCAGUGAGAGCUGUCACCCAGGCACUCGUAAGGCUGUACGGAAAGGAAAGCCUGUAUGCUGUUAUGACUGUAUCCAAUGUGCAGAGGGAGAGAUCAGUAAUAACACAGAUUCUUCAGACUGUCUGAUCUGUCCCGAGGAGUACUGGCCCAACGCUGAGAGAAACCUCUGUAUCCUUAAGCCUGUGGAGUUCCUGUCCUUCCACGAGGUCCUCGGAAUCAUCCUGACCGCCUGCUCUGUGGGCGGCGCUUGUCUGGCCAUCGCCACGGCAACUGUCUUCUACCACCAUCGAACUUCGGCCAUCGUCAGGGCCAACAACUCUGAGCUGAGCUUCCUGCUGCUCUUCUCCUUGACUCUGUGUUUUCUGUGUUCUCUUACUUUCAUUGGCCGGCCCUCUGAAUGGUCCUGUAUGCUGCGUCACACAGCGUUUGGGAUCACCUUCGUCCUCUGCAUCUCUUGUGUUCUGGGGAAAACAAUAGUGGUGUUGAUGGCCUUCAGGGCUACGCUUCCAGCCAGUAAUGUCAUGAAAUGGUUUGGUCCUCCACAGCAGAGAUUGACAGUAGUGUCUUUCACGUUUGUCCAGGCUAUGAUAUGCACUCUGUGGUUGGUCCUGUCCCCUCCCUUCCCCAUUAAAAACCUCACUACCUACAAGGAAAAGAUCAUUCUAGAGUGUGAUGUUGGUUCAGCUAUUGGUUUCUGGGCUGUGUUGGGCUAUAUAGGACUCCUGGCUCUCUUGUGCUUUGUGCUGGCGUUUCUGGCUCGGAAGCUGCCUGAUAACUUCAAUGAGGCCAAAUUCAUCACCUUCAGCAUGCUCAUAUUCUGUGCAGUCUGGGUCACCUUUAUCCCAGCUUAUUUCAGCUCUCCAGGGAAGUUGACUGUAGCUGUGGAGAUCUUUGCCAUCAUCACCUCUAGCUUUGGGUUGUUCUUUCUAUUAUUUGUUCCUAAAUGCUUUAUUAUUCUGUUCAGGCCGGAGAAGAACACCAAGAAACACCUUAUGGAGAAGACAUCCAAUGAUAUACGUUAUUAAGAAAUGAUUGAGUGGAAAAAACAUUGUAACGUUCAGUUAUAUUGUUUAUCAUACAGUUAGGUAGGACUACUCUGACAGAGAUUACCAACGUUUUAGCAGGUGAUCAUUGGUAACAUUGUAACUAGUAACAUGACACAGGUUCACUGUAGAUAUUCCAAUAUUAUGAAAGAUUGUUCAAAUCUAGAGUGUUAAAGUGAUUUUACUAAUGCCCUAGACAAUAGGAAGUACUGUGCCGCCUUGUUUCAUAGAUUUAUCUAAAGCUUUUGACACUGUAGACCAUGCGAUUCUUUUGGGUAAGCUGUCGUCAAUAGGACUGGGAUUGGAUGCCUGUCGUAGGGUUUAUGACUAUCUAACGGAUAGAAGUCAGGCUGUUAGAGUUGACAUCAUCCAGUCAAAGCCAUUGGAGUUGGUUAAAGGGGUCCCACAAGGUUCUAUACAUGGUCCAUUACUGUUCACUCUCUACAUAAACAAUAUCUGUGAUGAGAUAAGAACUUGUCAAAUUCAUUUAUAUGCUGAUGACACUGUCAUGUACUCUAUCGCUUCAACGGCUGACCAAGCAUUAUCACUAU